AUGCAGGGCCUGACGCAUCUUUUGAAUGCCGUCAAAGACUACGGACGGGUUCAACGUUUCUUACUUGUCAGCUGUCAGACAGUCUAUGGACUUUCCGAUGGCGUUGAGUCGGUGCCGCUGACUCCAGUGAACUGGCGAGGUGCAGCGCUUAUGUCGGCCGAAGCGAUGCUGCAUUCAUACGUCGUCUCUUAUCAUCUCCCUUUGGCUGUAGUCAGACUCAGCUAUGGACUGAUCAACGACUCUCUUGAACGGAGAAUUGAGUCUUGUGAGACUAAUGGUGAUACAUCAAUAAAUAAUUCUCGCAAAAUUGAGGUCUAUGGACUUUCCGAUGGCGUUGAGUCGGUGCCGCUGACUCCAGUGAACUGGCGAGGUGCAGCGCUUAUGUCGGCCGAAGCGAUGCUGCAUUCAUACGUCGUCUCUUAUCAUCUCCCUUUGGCUGUAGUCAGACUCAGCUAUGGACUGAUCAACGACUCUCUUGAACGGAGAAUUGAGUCUUGUGAGACUAAUGUCACACCGCCUUUUUCAGUUAAUCUACUCACCGUAGAAGAUGCUGUCAGAGGUAUUAUAGCAGCAGUAGAAAAAGCACAAAACGCUGAAGUUUGGAACAUUGGUGGUUCUCAAGACUACUUGGUUGACGAGGUGAAGAAGUUCAUCAACGGAAAGGACGUGACUCUCUCUCCUCAGUCCACGAAUUUCAACACUGAGAAAGCAUCAACUGAGCUGGGAUUUCAGGCCAGAGGGGACGUUCUCAAAGGUAACAAUACCGUAACAUUCUUGGAAGGAGGUCCAGAUAAAUUAAAGGUGAAUAUGCGUGACAACCUUUAUGCCCCUUGGAUAUUAGCCAGUCUAUGCGAGAAGAUGAACAUACAUUACACCUAUCUGGGAACAGGUUGUCUAUUCAAAUACGACACUCAGCAUCGAAUGGAUGACGGUCCUGGAUAUACGGAAGAGGACACAGGCAACUAUGACGGCACGUCCUACUCUGCUGUGAAAGGAUUCACGGAUAGACUUCUGAGACAUUUCGACAAUACUUUGCAAUGCCGAAUUCGACUGCCAGUGAAUUAUGAAGCCGACACUCGUAAUCUUGUUGCGAAGCUCAUGGCGUUCAAGAAGGUUCUUGACAUACCGAACUCGAUUACUAUUCUACCUGAUUGCCUACCAAUUUUGCUGGACAUGGCGCUCAAGAGAGAAACCGGUGUCAUCAAUCUCGUCAAUCCCGGAGCAAUUCGCUUUCCAGAAAUUUCCGAAUUGUAUCGUAAGCUCAUCAAUCCGAACUGGGAGUACGAAGUAUUGUCUGCCGAUCCUGAUUCCGAACUGGUCCGGACGAGAUCACACUGCCGUCUAAGUACAGCAAAACUGGAGUCGCUGUAUCCAGGCUUGCGCACAGCACGUGAAGGCGUUAGCGAAGCGCUCCGAAAAAUUGGACAAGCACAAGGCCAAAGAGUUAUUCAACAAGCCUAA